UAUAAUCAUAAAAGAAAUGAUCUUUUAUAACAUACCUUACAAAAAGCGGAAUACGCUAUAGAUUAUAACAUGUACCAACCACGUAAGAAUGCCGUUGCAGCGGCAAGAAAGGGAUACGUAUCUAUUUGGUAUAGACAACAUGCCUUCAGGAUUAUUAGAAUCCCGAAAAGGCAACCUGAAAGUAUACGAUAUCGCGCAAUACAUGAGAGCCUUAUAGCACCGGAAGAACUAUGUAAAGCUAGCAGAAAUGAUAUCAUGUCAGUAUACAAGGCGUUGGAGCACGAAAACGUACAAAAUGCGCUAUCAAGGGAUUAUAUCCAAGCACUACUUGAAAGAACAGUGGCAAUCAAAAGAGCGUUGCUACCUGAAGACUACGCCAGAAUAUACCAGAGACUAACAAAAAUGGCAAAUGUAUCGUCAGGCUUCACAAGUGAUUUGAAUGAAGGAAUAAGACUAAUCAGUACUACGUUCAAUACGAAGCAAAUUGCCAUGUUGAUAAAAGCAUUUGCAGAGCUAUCUACACGGUCACUCGGAACAAUCAACGACCUCCUGAAGACAUUCAAUAGAUAUAUAAAUGACGCUGAACCGUGGCAACUACGUGAUAUAGCUGCUGCACUCGCUACUUUAAGGGUGCCAACCAAGGACCAAGUAGAAAGAUUUUACAAUCAAACUGUGGCCCAUAUAACAAAACAUCUGAAGUAUAUGACAGCAGAUGAUAUAGGAUUAAUGUUAAACGCUUUCACCAGGCAAAAACACAACUGUGAAGAAAUACUUCAUUACGUUGAUGCACACGCCAAAAGGUUACUGUCCGAGUGCUCAUUCCGAACAACAGCACUCGUAGCAAAUGCUUUUGCAAAAUCGGAACGACAUUCCAGAGUAUUGAUAGAAACUAUAUCAAACCGGUUAAAGCAAGAAGUAGAGAAAUAUACGCUUAACAAGAGGAAUACAACAGGGAGCAUAGAUGUGAUAGGCACGGCUUUAACUGAAGGGCAAAGUGGCUCAGAACUUGAAAGUAAUGUACAAAUCCAAGCAAUUAGUACAUCUCGUCAAGAAAAGCAGUUUAAUAUCAUAGACGUGGCAAUGAUCUUUAACGCUUUCGCCAAAAUGGAAGAGCAUCCUUUGGAAUUGCUCAAUGCAUACAUACCGUGGCUAAUGGAUCAUAUACAGUCCGAAACACCAACCCUGUCACUCGUGUUGCUUUGCCACGCCUACUCGCGUUCGGGAGUAGUGAACAAGGAUCUAUAUAUUAAAAUGGCGCACGUGCUAAUACAAAGGGUCAAUGCAUUAAACUGCCAACAACUGGGGAUCGUUGCGUUGGCAUAUGCAAAAACGAAGCAAAGCAUACCGAUCCUUUUCUUCAGAAUAGCAGAUGAAGUUAUAUACAGAGGGACUGUAGCACUAAAGUUCAAAAGAUACCAUUUUGACUUCCAAUCACUGGAACAACUCUCACAAGCAUUCACCAGAGUGGGAUUCCAGGACCAAAGGGUAUAUAUCGUACUGACCACACUACUCAAAAGGAGGCUAAAAACAGCUGGAACAGAUGAAAUUGAUGGCGAUUUAAUAGCAUCCACCUUGACGUCCAUGGCACCACAUCAUGUAGAGGCUUUCAAGACAUUUAUCACCGAUGCUAUAAUGCGCACUAAAGAUACCACUGCAUACAGCACAGGUGCUAUUUGCAGGGUGCUAUCGGCAUUUGGUAAAUUGAAAAUUGCACAUAAAUCUAUCACGGAAGCUAUGUUGAAUCAAGCAAAAGACAGAGUCAACGAAUUCCAGAUACCAGUGCUCAUCAAUACUCUAAAGGCAUUAGCUAAACUCAACAAGUAUAACCUGAACCUAAUUAAAGAGUCGUUAAAAAGAUGUUCAAUGCAUCUAGUACAUCUGUCAACAAUAGAUAUCGCAAAUCUCCUAUCAGCCCUAAGUGACUUUGGGUAUCGCAACGUACCUUUCUUACAGAAAUUAAUUCUAUGUAUUAAACAUAGAAUCGAAGAUUUUGAUAGAAGUCAACUGCACAUAGUUUUCUCAAGACUGGCCCUUCUACGGACAUCUGAUCCAGAUGUAUACCGACAAAUCAUACCAAGAUUAUUUGGCUACCAGCAUGAUUUUACCGAAUUACAAAUAGCAGAUAUUGCAAUAGGAUAUAUAUACAUGUUGGUACAUUUCGACUACCUACAAAGAGAUGUACACCUAAGGAAAAUGGCGCAAGAAUUAACUGAGAGAAGGCAACAUGUUAUGAGCAGCGUCUGUGUCAAUGAAGUCAACGAAAAUACACAUGAAUAUACGAGUGAAGAUAUACAUGGUGCUAUAUCAAAAAAUAAAAACACUGGAGAUGACAUGGAAGCAAAAUCCAAGCUCGGGCAUUACUGUAACGCAAAAUAUACAAUGCCUACUCCAGCUACAAAUGUUGCGCAAUAUGGAUUUAGAGACAGCAUACUUGAUGGCGUGCUAUCACAUCUGGGAACCAAACUUGAUGUGGCCACAAUAUUCAAGAUACAGACGGUCCAUUUGUAUCUGCAGUAUAUAAGACCUGAUAUAUACUCACAGUUGUCGGCUAAGUCACUGGAAAUACUGCACAGGUGUUCCGCAGUAAGGUUUGCAUUAGCGGAAUAUAUGCUCACCUCCUCAGGAGUGCACAGGGAAGUGUCACAUCUACUAAAUAUACUGGGAGUAUGCCAUAACAACGAAGUGCAGUUUGGACCAUAUCUAAUUGAUAUUGUAGCGGAAACGACACAGGCACGCAAAAUAGCGAUAGAGUAUGACGGUCCAACACACUUUUACGCAGAAACAACUAUGAGAACUGCAAAGUCAAUACUCAAACACGAGAUACUGGAAAACACAGGGUGGCAGGUGCUUCACAUACCAUAUCAAGAGUGGUUACAAUUGCUAUCAACAAAACAGAAGAUUAUAUACCUGGAUCAAUUGAGAAAACAAUUCCAAAACACACCGUUAUUAGCGCCGAAUGUCAUACAGAAGCAUGUAAACAACAUUCAAACAAGGACAUUUUCCACCUCGCUAAAAAGGAAGAGACAACAUCUGCUAAAAGUAAAUGAAGAGAUCCUGAAAGAAUAUAUUGAAGCAAUACAACGUGGAGAAAGUAGCGAUAAGCCUGUAGAAAACAACACGCAGUCAGAAACUGACAUUAUAGCAGAUGAAUUGUGCACAUUGCUUAUGGAAGGCACAAGUAAUAUAAUAGACAUCGAUGAAGAAAGUAAAUCAAGUGACAAAACUAUGAACGAUGCAGAAAAACAAGCUAACGAUACACACUAGAGCUAUAUAGCUAAACCAACAAACGUAGUUCAUACACCA